CUCAUUCUUUUUCUCUUUCACUCCAACUUUGAGAGGAGGAUAAGAUAGAUCAAGGGUGGUGGUUGUUGUUGCUUUGUUUGUUUGUUCCCGUUUGGAGACAGAUGUUGUAGCAGAAAUGGCUCAGGCAUCUGAAAGGCGAGUGGAAAGCUCAACAUUCCCUGAAAUAAUCGAGCUGAAUGUCGGUGGACAGAUUUACGUUACGCGCCACUCAACUUUACUGUCCGUGCCGAACUCUUUCCUCUGGAACAUGUUUCAGGAGCACGGCUCGGACCAGCUGACCCGGGACAGCAAAGGGCGCUACUUUAUAGACCGGGACGGGUUCCUGUUCCGUUACAUCCUGGAUUACCUGCGCGACAAGAACCUGGCGCUUCCCGACUACUUCAGAGAGAGAGCAAGUUUGCAGAAAGAGGCUGAGUUUUUCCAGCUCCCCGAUCUGGCCCGUCGUCUCCGACCUCCUCAGGUCAGUAAGGAGAACUCGAUCGGAGAUGAGGCGUUCCACAGUGACCCGGAGGAAGCCGCAGGGUCGUGCGCCCUCGCAGGUGCCACAUGCAGCGCCGUCGGGCCGCGCUCUCCAUCUCUGGAGACGCGCAAGUCCGGCUACAUCACCGUCGGCUAUCGCGGCUCGUACACGAUCGGACGCGACAUCCAGAACGACGCCAAGUUCCGACGCGUGGCCCGGAUUACCGUGUGCGGGAAAACCUCGCUCGCCAAGGAGGUCUUCGGGGACACGCUGAACGAAAGCAGGGACCCCGACCGGCCCCCAGAGAGGUACACAUCCCGAUAUUACCUCAAGUACAACUUUCUGGAGCAGGCGUUCGACCGUCUGGCUGAGGUGGGCUUCCACAUGGUGGCGUGUAACUCCACAGGGACCUGUGCGUACACCAGCAACGACCCCAAUGAGGACAAAAUCUGGACCAGUUACACCGAAUAUGUGUUUUUCAGAGAGUGACUUGCUUUUAAUGCUUUUUCUUUCUUUCUUUCUUUUUAUUCUUGGAACCCGUCCCUAUUUCCUUCACUUUAGUGCACAACUAUAGUCUAAGUCUGGGCGGCACGGUGGUGUAGUAGUUAGCACUGUCACCCCACAGCAAGAAGGUCCUGGGUUCAAGCCCAGUGGCCGGCAAGGGCCUUUCUGUAGAGUUUGCAUGUUCUGUGUGGGUUUCCCCUACAGUUAGGUUAAUUGGUGGCUCUAGAUUGACCAUCGGUGUGAAUGGUCGUUUGUCUCUAUGUGGAUGACCUGGUGACUUGUCCAGGGUGUACCCUGCCUCUCGCCCAUAGUCAGCUGGGAUAGGCUCCAGCUUGCCUGCGACCCUGUAGAACAGGCUAAGUGGCGAUGGAUGUGUUUUUCAGAGAGUGAUGCCAGGUGGAUAUGCUUUUUCUUUCUUUCUUUUUAUUCUUGGAACCCAUCCCCAUUUCCUUCACUUUAGAGCACAACUAUAUAUAUAUAUAUAUAUAUAUAUAGUUGUGCAGUGGUUAGCACUGUCACAGCAAGGUCCUGGGUUAGAGCCCAGUAGCCGGUGAGGGCCUUUCUGUGUAGAGUUUGCAUGUUGUCUGUAUGAGUUUACUCCGGGUGCUCCGGUUUCCCCCACAGUCCAAAGACAUGCAGGUUAGGUUAAUUGGUGGCUCUAAAUUGACCGUAGGUGUGAAUGGUUGUUUGUCUCUAUGCGUCGGCCCUGCGAUAACUUGGUGACUUGUCCAGGGUGUACCCCACCUCUCGCCCAUAGUCAGCUGGGAUAGGCUCCGGCUUGUCUGUGACCCUGUAGAACAGGAUAAGCGGCUACAGAUAAUGGCUGGAUAUAGGCUAAGUGCACUCUCAGAACUAAAGGUACCAAACUGUCCUUCUCCUGGUAUUUAUCUUGUACCUUUAGUCUGUAUCUUUUUACCUGGAAUAGUGCAAUUUUUCUUUUUUUUAAAUCAUUUUCCUCCUUACCUCAUUUUUAAUUAUGUACGAUUCAUGAUCGUAUCUGGCAAGCAACAGUACAGGGAUGGGUUUCCCAGAAAGAAUUGUAGCACAAAGAUCAUCGUUAAAUGGUAGAGUGAGCAUCACAAUGAACACCCUCUCUCCUAGUUAAGAUGCUCUUAGCAUUAAGAGGCUUUUGGGAAACCCAUGCCAGUUUGGUAGUUUCCAAGAGACAGAAAAAGGUACUGUUGCUUGUCAUCGGGGUUCUAGAUGUUACAGGUCCAAAAAUUUCAGCCUAGGUGAUUUUUUUUUUCUUUUGACCUGGGUUAAAAAUUUUAACCCCGUUCAUAAUUUCCAACCCAGGGAUGAUCUAAGAUUCUUAAGCAUUACUUAAUAUUGCUUCUUUUGUGUGUCUUUCUUCCAUCCAUCCAUCCACUCAGUCUACACCUACCUAGUAUUUCCUACUAUUGGUCUAAUUAGCAUUUUUUUAACACUUAACCAGGAUUCAAACGCAGAACCUUCUGAUUUUUAACCCAACACCUUGAUCACUAGACCAGUGACAAUUCCAAUAAAAAGAAUGAUACAUACCGUAUUUUGAACUUAUCAAUGAGUCCAGUCUUAUUAUGUCAUCACGUCGUUUAAAAUCCAAACUCUUUCCAAAUCCGAACCCAAGAUAUAAGUCGUCUCUCUAAUACAAGUAGCAAAUUAUGAAUUGGGUUAAAAAUUCUAACCUAGGUUAAAAAAUUCCACCCGACCUACAACAUAUACAGUACAUACCUACAUGAGUGUCCAACUUGUACUUGUAGCAUGCAUCAUUCACCGGAGUCGAGUCCCUUUAAAAUUCCUGUCGUAUCUUAAAUCACUGGUUCUCAGAUCCACUGGGAACCCACUAUCACUUCUGAUUCAACAGAUUCCUUUUGCAGAGAAGUAGGGAGAAAUUGAGAGCCAUGGAUGAUACCUGGAAAUGAGAUGAAGCUUGGAGAGGAUUUCAGGGCCCUAAAGGGAAUUAAUUUUUUUUCCGAAACCCCUUGCUUUAAAUGUGUACAUCCGCUUUAUUAGACAAAAAAAGAUGCAUACUACAGGUACUAAUGAUAAGAAUACCACACUACUGAGAAGCAGUGAUACUGUUUUGAUCUUUUUUGGUCCCUGUUACAGCUCUAGGUUUUUUUUUUUCUCCCACCAGAGUGGGUCUUGUUGUACCGUAAAUGUGUGAUAAUAUCAAUCCACACAGAUUAGCAUAAAUACGUAGCACGUUUAUAAGACGUUUAAUGAUUAGCAGGGUUUAGCAUUCAUGUUAUUAAGGUUAAACAAUUCAGCAAGGUUUGUUUAGAAUGCACAGUAAAAACACACUCGUUUUGGGAACACAUGCACACAGGCGUGUCUGGACUUCGGUGGUUUGGUUUGUCCAGGCAAGGUAAUGUUUAUGUUAAUGUUAAUGUUGUGCUACCUGUUGGAGAGGAAAAUGUGACUGAAAUGUGGUGAGGUGUUACCUGACAUGGAGGACAUUGCUUGCUCCUCUUAAUAAGCUCACUGCUAUUUCAUCUUCACAUCCCACUGAGUGCUUUCCCGGUCGUUGUCCUUUUCUAAUCUCUCCCACUGGAUCUAUUUUUUCCAAGUGUCACUCUCAUGGUGUUUUUCAAUAAAUAGAACUUCAGUUUCCUGUGUGAUGUAAACGGGUUUAGCUCACAUUUCUAUUUUGCUCUAUCAGAUAGCAACCAGACCCAAAACAUAUGGCUGUUUGUGUACUAAAGAAAAAAUCUCUCACUCUGAAUUUUUAACCAGCACUCUCCCCUUUCAAGUAAAUGAAGUGAUUUGUUUCCUUUGCACUUGCAUAUUUGAAAUCUCUCAUGGUUUCCUUGUAUGGCUGAAACAAUAAACUAAAUCUAAAAAGA